UAAUUGACGCAGUUUUACCCGCUAGCUUCCAGGGACAUCCGCUCCGGCCGGACAGCAAUGGGACGGCUGCUGUUUCCAUCCCAAACAAUUCGAUCUGAAGCGUGAAAUGAGCGUCAAACAUUGAAUAACUGCUUGUUUUAGAGUUUUAAAUCCCUGUGUGAUUUAUCUCGGCCCUGGUCGCGAAGCGGCGGAACUUGGCUGACUUGUUUCGUCUCGGGGAAGGAAGUUUGUUGCGGCGAAGGAAGCGGAGGGAGCCGGGAGGCCCGAAACAGCCCGACACGAUGGAGGACUUCGGCUCUGCUCUGGAGAAGAACGUCGCCGACCUGACGGUGAUGGACGUCUACGACAUCGCGGCGGUGGUGGGCCAGGAGUUCGAGCGCAUCAUCGACCAGUACGGCUGCGAGGCGCUGUCCCGGCUGAUGCCCAAAGUGGUGCGGGUGCUGGAGAUCCUGGAGGUGAUGGUGAGCCGCAGCAGCAUGAGCCCGGACGUGGAGGAGCUGCGGCUGGAGCUGGACAGGCUGCGGCUGGAGCGGAUGGACCGGCUGGAGAAGGAGAAGAAGCACAGACAGGAGUUGGAGCGGGUGGAGGACGUGUGGCGGGGAGAGGCCCAGGACCUCCUGUCCCAGAUCGCUCAGCUGCAGGAGGAGAACAAGAACCUCCUGUCCAACAUGUCCCUCAAAGACUCGGUGAAUGAGGAGGACCUGCAGAGGCACGAGGGUAUGACGGAGAGGGAGAAGCAGGUGAUGAUGAAGCUGAAGGAGGUGGUGGACAAGCAGAGGGACGAGAUCCGAGCGAAGGACCGCGAGCUGACGCUGAAGAACGAGGACGUGGAAGCACUCCAGCAGCAGCAGUCUCGCCUGAUGAAAAUCAACCACGACCUGCGGCACAAGAUCUCCGUGGUGGAGGCUCAGGGCAAAGCGCUGAUCGGGCAGAAGGUGGAGCUGGAGGCCGGCGCCCAGGCGCAGGCGCAGGAGGUCUGCGCCCUGCGGCAGGAAGUGACGCGCCUGCGGGAGCGUCUCCACGGAGAGCCGGCGGCGCAGGGCCCCGAGGAGCUCCCGGUGCCUCAGCCCCCGUCACCGGCAGAGUGGGAUAAGAGCACCGCAGGGGUUUUGAGCGCUGAGGGUUGGUCAGACAGAACGGGCUUCGAGCCGCCUCCGCAGACCCAUGCGUCCUUCCUCAGCUCAGAAGGACGUGACGAUGAGGAAGCCGAGGACGAAGCCACGUUGCUUUGGGAGGCGAUGUGUGAUGAGGACAUGCCUGGUGUGUUCCAAUAUUUCACCAAGGAGGCGAUGUGCGAGGAGGAGUCGGGCGGACUGGACCCGAAGGACCCCAACCGGCCCCGCUUCACGCUGCAAGAGCUGAGGGACGUCUUGCAUGAGAGGAAUGAGCUGAAGGCCAAAGUGUUCCUACUGCAGGAGGAGCUGGCGUACUACAAGAGUGAUGAAGUAGACUAUGACAUCGCAACCCCUUCUCCGUCUCCCUCCCCUGAGCCGAGGACCCGCUCUCGGUCAUCCGCCCAGCCCGAAUCGGGAAUCAAGCGACUGUUUAGCUUCUUUUCACGCGACAAGCAGAGGGGCGCGCACAUCGGCGCCGGAGGCAGCUUCCGGUCCUGGAUGCAGAAAGACGAUGUGUACACAGAACAAGCCCAGGAGGCUCUGCAGCAUCUGUAGGAUGAAGGAAUACACUCCACUCCUCCCCACGCGCAUCAAACUACCGUGACAGACUCUUUCUGUGCUUCAACCCGAGGGGCCUUGCAAGAAACGAGAGGAUCUUCUCGGAGAAAAGCCUCAAGAGGCUUAUUUAAAUAGAGACGAUACGCUGUCAGUUUAGAGACUGCGCAGCGUUUGAAAUGCCAGAAAGUGCUUUAGUUUUCCAGGAAUCGUUCCCACUGCAGGUGGUUGACCCACAUUGAAGGACGGAGAGGGUGGAUAUUGACGAGAAGACGAGUCGGGAGCGUCAAGCAAAUUGAUUUCGACUGAAAAGAAGAACGUUUUUCAGAUUUGUACUUUUUAUCAGCAGAAGGGGAAGCUGCGAGGGAAAAUUGGACACGGUUCAGUUUUACGGUAUUUCCAGCCACGUUGGUCCUGACAUGUGACCACCACCAGCAUUUAGCGACUGCUGAGCGGCUCAACUCUGCGUCUAAUCAUGAUUUAAAGCGGUUCCAUCACCAGGAAAAAAAACAGAGGCUCUGGAGGUAGUGGAGGCCAUUUCUGCAAAGAAAACACCAUGAAUGAGUGAAGGUGACGCCAUGCCAACACUGCAAACUAAAACUCAAAAACAAAUGAUACAAUUGGCAAACUUUGGCUUUUUGCCAUGAUUGAGUUUAUUCUAAUAUUACACCAUGCACGAUUUCAACACUUUUUAGCAUAAGAAAUUAAAUUUAUCUCAUCAAGUUACGUUCAGCAACCUCCCUAGUUCUGAUUAGAAGACCAAAUACGUGUCGUAUCCCUGAGUCAGCAGAUCUUUUACAUUAAAAUCUUGUAAUUUGUACAAAAUAGUAACAAUAUUUUAGUAAAACAAAGCGGACAAGGCUUUUUCAGUCAUUGUAGAGCCAAAAACGUUAAUGGGGUUUGCGUGCUUGCCCUAUUAAAAACGUUAUAAACACGUACACUUGACACUUUAGUUAUGUGGGAGUGAUUUUGAUUUUCUCGCCUAUCUUCAGCAAUAAAAGUGGAUUUAGGUUUUGCCUUAAAAAAAUAUAGCUUUCAAAUCAAUCGCUGUAAUUUUGUCAUAGAAUUACAGUAUAAUAAUUAAUCACUUUGAGAUAGCUUUUGUUAAAUUUUAUGUUAAAUAUGCAAUAUUUAACAUAAAACUGUUGACGUCGGAUUUUCUUGGCAGAAAUGGGAUUCCAUAGAAAUGUUAUUCGUUCUUUUUGUUCUGACUCGUUAGGAAAUGAACCAUUUUCUCCGUCGAUUAGCAAUACUUUUCUACCAGUUCAAUCUGAAUGUAUACAAUAAUCCUCCAAUAAUAUACUUCUGCAACUCUAACGGUGCCAAACUGUGCAAGACGGCCAUUAAAUUGAAACUUUAGUUUCGCCGACUCAACCAAAACAUUUUGUCUUUACAUCCGCUUUGUUUCAUGAUUUCACAGCAGACGUUUCUCCAUGUUACACUACUUUUACACACACACAAAAACGUAUGGAAGGCUGCGUUUAAUAAAUAAAGACAAACAAAUAAGCUCAAAUGUACAACGUUGCAGACGUGGUGACUGACGCAGAGCAAACGCCACGCCGCUGUCCUCUCAAUGGAUCGCUUGCAGCUCGGCAGCGCAGACAUCCGGAAAAGUCGCACAGGAGAUGAAAUGUUUUGGAUGGGAAGGAUGCAGUUUUUAUUUAGUUUUAUAUUUGUUAUGUUUUUGCAGUUUGUGCUUCGUUCGCUGCAGUGAGAUAAGCUGUGUGUUUUACUAGUGACAGCACUUUAUCCUUAUUUACGCUCCUCAGAGAGCCGGAAUAAAUUAUUGUAAAAAGGACAAGAAUGCUACAUAGGAAGAACACGAUGAUAAAGGCAACUGUGUUUUUGUGUGUGUGCAAUUAAGCAAUUUCUCUCUUUUUCUUUUCUCACAUAAUUAAGCCUGGAAGGACAAUAACAGAAAAGGGAAUCCAGACAAAGCAGCUCGAUAUUUCUCUCCUAUCAUGUCUGAACUCUUAACAAAAGCAUCAUGGCUCCAAUUCAAACCUGUUUCUUUAGUAAUUAAAGUCAUUAACAUGAAAAGGGUGUCGUGUUUCUU